AUGGCAGCUCUGCGGCUGCUCUUCAUUCUUCUCUUCCUCCUGGUGGAACUGCAGGGAGAAGAGGAGGACAGAGUGCAAAGACGCAACCAGAGGGACAUCAGCAGUCAGCCUCGUAUGCUGUCCGAAAAUGGUCACCUGGUGUUCCAACCGGCAAUGGACAAAGAUAUCCGCUUCCAGACCACAGGAUCAGGCAGAGUUAAAGUGGGGGUUGAAGACCUCACGUUGCUCCUAGAUCAGAUCAAAACCAACAAAGAGCAAAUUGAUGACAUAAAGACUCAUGGAGGAGUUCCUUCUAAUAUCACCACCGCACUCAGACGGCUCGAAGGCAAAGUGGCAGAAUUUGAGACAAAAGUGUCUGAACUUGAAACGGUGGUUGAGAGGAAGUCUUGUAGCAGUAAUCCCUGUCAGAAUGGAGCAAAAUGUCUGAACCUGCUGGACUCUUAUCACUGUGUCUGUCCCAAUAACUGGUCUGGGGACAACUGUGCCACAGAUGUAAAUGAGUGUCAGAUAUAUUCAGGGACGUCUCAGGGUUGUCAGAAUGGAGCGACUUGCAUCAACACUCCUGGAUCCUUCACUUGUACCUGUUCUCCAGAGUGGUCUGGCUCCCUGUGCACUGUGCGUUAUGACGACUGCAAGAUCCCAGGGCAGGACCUCUGUGUGCACGGCAUGUGCAUUGAUGCAGAUCGGAUCAUCGCUGGACAGCCAAAGUACCAGUGUAUUUGUGAGCAUGGUUGGGAGGCUCCUGCUGGAAACCCGGCCUGUAUAGCUGACGUUAAUGAGUGUAACCUGCCCAACAAGCCUUGUUCCACCAAUCCUGCCGUCCCUUGCUUCAACACCAUGGGUUCUUUCUACUGUGGAUCAUGUCCUGCAGGUUGGCAGGGUAAUGGCUACAGUUGUCAGGAUGUGGAUGAAUGUUCAACCAACAAUGGCGGCUGCUCCACCGCUCCCAUGGUGCAAUGCCUUAAUACCAUGGGCUCCUUCCACUGUGGGCCGUGUCCUCCAGGUUACGAGGGAAAUGGGAGAACAUGCACCCAGGCCAACAUCUGUGCAACCAACAACGGAGGCUGUUACCCACUGGCUACCUGCUCCUCCAGCCCUGGCUCCACUAUCCCUGUAUGUACCUGUCCUCCAGGCUUUGUAGGCAAUGGCUAUGGACCUGGUGGCUGUACGCAGACCAGCAACAUCUGUCAGUCCAGCAACCCCUGUGUCAAUGGACAGUGUGUGGCCACCAGCUCAGCCCCCGGCUACAUCUGCAACUGUAACCCUGGUUGGGAAGGGGUCACUUGUAAUCAGAACAUCAAUGAAUGCUCCAGCAACCCCUGUCAGAACGGAGGAACCUGCACUGACCUCAUCAAUGGAUUCUCCUGCACCUGCACCGCCCAGUGGACCGGCCUGUUCUGCCAGACUGCACAGCAAGCGUGUGGAGGCCAACUGACUGGACCUGCUGGUUCCUUCAGUUACCCCAACACCCCAGGCCAUGAUAGCUACCCCCACCAGGUCAGCUGUGCCUGGGUGGUCCGUACUGAUCCAGACAAGAUCGUGCGCAUUACCUUCCCUUACUUCAGUCUGGAGAGCAGCACCAACUGCAACUUCGACUUUCUCCAGAUUCACGAUGGUGACAGUGCCUCUGCCCACAUGAUUGGAAAAUACUGUGGCCAAAGCAACCCUCCGGAGCUCUUCAGCUCCCACAAUUCCCUGUACUUCUGGUUCCACUCUGACAGCUCCAUCAGUUCUGGUGGCUUCACUGUUUCAUGGCAGUCUCAAGAUCCAGUGUGCGGAGGUGAACUCAAUGAAACGUAUGGCAGCAUCAACUCCCCUGGUUACCCUGGCAACUACCCACCAAGCCGGGACUGCUACUGGACAGUGACAGUGCCGCCUGGCCUGCUCAUUACCUUUGCAUUUGGCACCCUGAGCCUGGAACAGCAUCCCAACUGCAACUUCGACUUCCUAGAGAUUCGUGACGGUCUCCUGCCUGAAGACCCAGUUCUUGGGAAGUACUGCAGCACUGGAUCCCCACCCCCACUGCGGACCACCGGCCCAGCUGCCUGGAUCCACUUCCACUCUGACUUCACCAUCACUGACCGAGGCUUCCACAUCACAUACACAACAUCACCAUCUGACCCUGGCUGUGGUGGCACCUACACCGACAGUGAGGGCAUCAUCAUCUCCCCCAACUGGCCCAACAAUUACGCCCACAAUCGCCAGUGUAUCUACGUGAUCCGGCUGCCAGCGAGCGAGGUGGUAUCCCUCAACUUCACCGAUAUGUCCCUGGAGUCCCACAGCAGCUGUUCCUUUGACUAUGUGGAGGUUCGCGAUGGCAAUACAGAGACUGAUCCUCUGAUCGGGAAAUACUGUGGAAACACCCUCCCAGCUCCCAUCCUCUCCACCUCUAACACCCUCUGGAUCCGCUUCAAAUCUGACAGCUCCGUCAGCCGGGCUGGCUUCAGGGCCGUCUACACUGUUGGCUGUGGAGGCACUUUCUCUGGGACCGGUCAGAUCCGCUCGCCCUACCACCCCAACGCCUACCCCCACAACAAGCAGUGUGAGUGGGUCAUCAACCAGCCGCAGGGCUAUGUGGUCACCCUCGACUUCCUGACGUUUGACAUCGAGGGAGGAUCAUGUCGCUACGACUUUGUUGAGGUCAGGGACGGCUCCAUGUCCAGCUCUCCCCUGCUAGGGACGUUCUGUGGCUCUCAGAUGCCAGCCAGGCUGCAGUCAACCCAGAGAUCCAUGUACAUCCGGUUCAAGACCGACUCCUCUGUCAGCAACUACGGCUUCACUGCGGCCUAUGACUCUGCCGUGGAGGGCUGUGGUGACGUACUGACCGCUCCAUCAGGCACCUUCUCCAGCCCCGGCCACCCCAACAGCUACCCCCACGGUGCCAACUGUACCUGGUACAUUCAGGCUGCCGCCGGCAGUCUGAUCCAGCUCUCCUUUGACACCUUCAACCUGGAGUACCACAUCAACUGUAACUAUGACUACGUGGAGGUCUAUGACAAUGGCACUGUGCAGACCGGGACCAAGAUCGGCAGGUAUUGUGGGCGUACAGUGCCUCCAUCCAUCACCAGCACCGACAAUCUGCUGACCCUGCUCUUUGUGUCUGACUCCAGUCUGGCCACGGAGGGAUUCUCUGCCAGAUAUGUCUCCAUGAAUGCCACCACAGACUGUGGUGAGACCUUCAAUUCCCUGACAGGGUCCUUCAGUUCUCCUAACUACCCCAGCUACUACCCCACCAACAGAGAGUGUGUUUACAAGAUCAUCGUUCCAGUCAACAGGCAGAUCAUGCUCAACUUCACCGACUUUGAUCUGGAGGGCUCCCCUCCCAGCUGCAACUAUGACUACGUGGAGAUCAGGGAUGGUGGCUAUGAAACAUCUCCCUUGAUUGGCCGGUUCUGUUCCAAUCAGAGGCCUCCGGUCCGGGUAUCCCAUAGCAACCGACUUUGGAUCAAGUUCCGGUCUGACGGCUCCGUCACACGCCGUGGCUUCAGCACCAUGUGGGAUGGGACACAGACAGGCUGUGGCGGGAUACUGUCCACCCCAUCCGGAUCAUUCUCCUCCCCCAACUACCCCCUGGACUACCACGCCAACGCUGAGUGUUACUGGAACAUCAGGACCAACGCGGGCAACCAGCUCCUCCUCUCGUUCUCUGAGUUCCAACUGGAGGCCAGCUCUACCUGUGCUUACGACUACCUGACUGUGUAUGAUGGGAACAGCACCAGUGCUCCACAGUUGGCCAGGCUGUGUGGCAACCAGAUACCUGACACCAUCAACUCCUCCAGCAGUCAACUCUAUGUUAAACUACGCACCGACAGCAGUAUCAGCAGCGGAGGCUUCCUUGCAUCCUACACUACCAAGUGCCAAGGCGUGCUGAUCUCAGGCCAGCGCAGAGGGGUGCUUGAGUCUCUGAACUUCCCUGGUAGCUAUCCACCCAACGCUCUGUGCAGCUGGACUAUUCAGGCACACAGUGGAAACGUCAUCAACUACACCUUCACCGCCUUCCAGCUGGAGUCCGGCUACAGCAGCUGCUCCUUUGACUAUGUCAAGCUCUAUAAUGGCCCUAAUGAGCAGGCUCCUCUGAUUGGUACAUUCUGCGGGACAACACCCCCUCCAGCCAAUGGCACCACAAGCUCCUCACUCACCGUGGUGUUCAGGUCAGACUCAUCCGUGGCCAGGUCUGGCUUCCAGAUGAUGUGGUACCAGAGUGGCUGUGGUGGGGAUCUGUCUGGUCCCAGUGGUUCCUUCAGCAGCCCAGGUUACCCUAACAGGUAUCCUGACAACACUGAGUGUGUCUGGUUCAUCACCACGACAGCUGGUAGUAGCAUCACUCUGACUAUCCGCGAGUUUGAUGUGGAGCACCACCCUGACUGCAACUAUGAUGUGCUGGAGGUGUUUGGAGGCCCUGACCUUUCAGCUCCUAGGCUGGCCCGGCUCUGCACCACCACCCCCAACCCCAUGCAAGUCUCUAGCACUGGCAACAUGCUCACUGUACGCUUCAAGUCUGAUGCCUAUGUCAGUGGUCGUGGGUUCAACGCAAGCUGGACUGAAGCCCAAGGAGGCUGUGGAGGCCCAGUCACAGCUCCAUCAGGGGAGAUCCAUUCCCCCUUGUACCCAAAUAACUAUCCCCACAAUGUCGACUGUUCCUGGGUCAUCACUGUGAGUCCCAACCACCGUGUCUUCCUCAACUUCACUGACCUGGAGAUCGAGUAUUAUAGCACCUGCAUGUGGGACUAUGUGGCUAUCUACGAUGGUCCCACAAUGUCGUCUCCUCUGCUGGGUCGUGUCUGUGGUACCAGUCGUCCUGCCUUCACCUCCACUCAGAACACAAUCUACGUUCGCUUCCGGUCUGACUCCAGUCAAAAUCACCGUGGCUUCAGUGCUCGCUUCUCUGAGGCUUGUGGCGCCACCAUCAUAACAGAUGAUGUUGGCGGGACCCUUUCAUCACCACGGUACCCGGCUGCCUACCCACCCAAUCAGAACUGCAGCUGGAUAAUCAGAGCACAAGAGCCUUUCAACCAUGUGACCUUGUCCUUCACUGAUUUUGACUUGGAGAUGGUCAACUCUAACUGUUCCCACGAUGCUGUAGAGGUCCUGGAUGGAGACAACUACCAGGCCCCUUCUAUAGGUCGCUACUGUGGCACUCAGAUCCCUCACCCAGUGACAUCCUUCAGCAGCGCCCUGGUGGUCAACUUUGUCUCGGACGUCUCUGUCUCCAGAAAAGGCUUCCUGGCCUCCUACUCUGCUUCGACCUCCAGUUGCGGAGGGGACCUGGUGAUGGAGUCUGGUGCCUUCAACAGUCCCAACUACCCAGAUGCCUAUCCUCCAAAUGUGGAGUGUGUCUGGACCAUCAGAAGCUCACCAGGGAAUCGCCUUCAGCUCUCCUUCAUCACAUUCCAGCUGGAGGGAGGUUCAGGCUGCAAUCACGACUUUCUAGAGCUCAGAGAGGGAAACUCUACCGGCCCUCUAGUUGGUCGCUUCUGUGGAAGUUCCCUGCCCUCUAACUACACCUCUGUGAUUGGUCACAUCCUCUGGAUUAAGUUCCGAUCUGACUUGUCUAUCAGUGGAGCCGGCUUCAGGGCCACGUUCUCACACUUGUACGGUAAUGACAUAACUGGGGAGUCUGGCCAGAUAGCAUCUCCGCUGUACCCCAGGACCUACCCCAACAAUGCUUACUACCAAUGGACCAUCACCGUGGACGGAAACAGCUACGUCCAAAUCCGCUUCCUGGACAUGGACAUUGAGGACCUGUAUAACUGCAACUAUGACCAUCUGAAGAUAUUUGAUGGUCCUAGCAUUCAUGCUUACCCCUUGGGGACGUUCUGUGGCCUGACCCCACCACACCCGCUCCAAAGCACAGGCAGCACUGUUACUUUGCAGUUUGAGUCUGACUCAGUAGUGGGAGGACGAGGAUUCCUACUGGACUGGAUGGCCAUCCAGGACUCUGGUCCACCGCCUACCAUCGCGCCAGGUGCAUGUGGUGGCAUCCUGAUGCCAGGGGACAAUCCAGGCAUCCUCUUCUCUCCCGGCUGGCCUGAUAACUAUGCACCCAACUUGGAAUGCACCUGGUUGAUCCGUUCUCCUGAUUCGACUGUCGAGUUCAAUCUGCUGUUUCUGGACAUGGAGGACUACCCUUCCUGCUACUUUGACAGCCUUGUCAUCAGAGACGGUGCAACCAGUCUAUCUCCACUGCUGGCCACUGUGUGUGGGCGAGAGCUUCCUGGUCCUCUCCACUCUACAGGAGACACCAUGUUCAUCCACUUCUCCUCAGACAGCAGUGUCAGCGGUAGAGGCUUUAAUGCCUCUUACUCCAGAGGUUGUGGUGGCCUGCUACAUGCAGACAGGGGCAUCAUUAGCAGCCCUCGCUACCCCCAGAACUACCCCCCUGGUCUGGAUUGCAGCUGGCAUGUGAUGGUUACACCUGGCUUCCGGGUUUCUGUCAACUUCCAGAGCCCUUUUCAAGUUCAGGGUUUCGGGACUGGAUGCAGCUCAGGAGAUUACGUAGAGCUGAGGAAUGGUCCAGAUGGUUCAUCUCCGUCACUUGGGGGCCGUUUCUGUGGUACCAGUGUCCCCUCCCUCCUCCAGACCAGUGACAACCACCUCUUCGUCCGUUUUGUAUCUGAUGGCUCCAACGAGGCCAAUGGCUUCAAGCUGACCUUCGAGGCCCACAGCCAGGCAUGUGGAGGCUUCAUUGAGCUGACUGAUUAUGACCCUACGGGGUACGUCACGUCACCCAACUACCCCCAGAACUACCCCCAGAAUGUUGACUGCAUCUGGGUCAUCACUGCGCCCAAUGGAGAGGCGAUCCAGAUUGACUUUGAGGACGAAUUCUACAUCGAGCCCUCAUCCAGCUGUUUGUACGACUACCUGGAGCUGCGUGAUGGAUCAUCAUCCAAUGCCGACUCCAUCGCCAAGCUCUGUGGCAACACGCGGCCAUCCACCCAGCAUUCCACGGGCUCCUCCAUGUACCUCAGGUUUCGAACUGACUCCAGUGUCACACACAAAGGCUUCAAGGCCAGAUACUCCAUAGCCACAUGUGGAGGUACCUAUAUUGGUCAGAGUGGAACAAUCAAGAGCCCUGGCUUCCCAGGGGCCAAUUACCCUGACAACUCCAUGUGUGAGUGGUACCUUGAAGGGCCCACAGGACACUACCUCACCCUCACCUACGGGGCGUUCAACCUGCAAAGCUCCUCAGGAUGCAGUGCUGACUACGUGGAGAUCAGAGAGUAUAAUGCCUCAGGGCGUCUGCUGGGCCGACACUGUGGUGGUAGCCUCCCUGGUGCCAUGGACACAGCCGAUAGCUUUGCCUAUGUCAAGUUUGUUAGUGACUCCAGCGUAAAUGCAGCCGGCUUCAGCCUGUCAUUUGAAGCCAGCGUAGAAGCCUGUGGAGGAGAACUGAAUGCACCCUCAGGAACCAUCUCUUCCCCCAACUAUCCAAACCUGUACCCCCACAGCCGGGUGUGUCACUGGGAGGUGGUGGUGGCACCUGGCCGCCGGGUCACCCUCACAAUCAAUGACUUGCGGCUGGAAGGAUCCGGUACUAACUGCGCGUUUGACUAUGUUGAUGUGUUGAAUGGGUUGAGACCCGAUUCCCCUCGACUGCAGCGCUUAUGUGGCACAGUGCCAACAGGCACACAAGUCCGUUCCUCUGGCAACACCAUGACAAUCAUAUUCCGCAGUGACGCUUCCGUUUCCAAUGGCGGCUUCAUGGCUUCCUACUCCUCCUUUGAGCCUGCAGAAUGUGGCGGAAUCCUGAACAACCAAGCAGGCGGGAACUUCACAUCUCCUGGUUACCUGGUGUCCAACUACAGUAACAACCUCAACUGUGAGUGGCUCAUCCAGAACCCACGACACAUCAAUUCCUCCAUUGUGGUGCUAAUUGAGGACCUUCACGUGCAGAACCACCCGACCUGCCAGGCAGACUACCUCCAGCUACGCCUGGGUGACUGGAAUGGGGAACUGUUGGCCAGAUUUUGUGGACAGACUACACCCAGUGUACCUAUUGUGGUCUUUACCCCAGAGCUGUGGGUCCAUUUCCAGACAGAUUACACCCAGGGAGACCUGGGAUUCAAAGCCAAGUACAUGUUCUCUGAGUGUGGAGGUUGGCAGUCAGGAGAAGGAGGGGUGAUAUCCAGUCCAAACUACCCAAACAUCUACCCCAGCCUAAGCCGCUGUGCCUGGUUGAUAGAGGCCCCUGAGGGCCACACCAUUACUCUAACCUUCAGCUACUUCAACCUGGAGUUCCACAGCACAUGUAGCUGGGAUUCUGUCACCAUCUUUAAUGGCGGAUCCCCAGGUUCGCCUGUGAUUGGCCACUACUGCGGAACUACCUCCCCAGGAACCAUCCAAUCAGGAUCCAACAAGCUUGCAGUGGUGUUCCUGGCUGACCACAGUGUGUCCAGAGGGGGCUUUGUGGCCUCCUGGUCUGCCGACUCCUCAGGCUGUGGAGGAGUAAUCCAUGCUGACUCAGGAACCAUCAAGUCUCCAAACUAUCCUCAGAACUUCCCAGCCAAUGUGGAAUGUUCCUGGCGGAUCAUCGCCCAUGAGGGCAACCACCUGGAGAUGAGCUUCAGCAGCGACUUCCAGAUCCCAGACAGCACAGGGACUUGCCAGGACAGCUAUGUUAAGGUAUGGUCAGGUCACACCCAGGCUAAUGAAGCUCUGCUGGCGACAGGGUGUGGAUCGGCAGCCCCAGGCCCCGUUAUCGCUCCAUUCAACAUCAUCACCACGCGGUUCCAGGCUACCGGAGCCACCGGCAGGGGCUUCUCCGCAUCCUUCAGCACCAGGUGUGGCGCUAACUUCACUGCUACCGCUGGUCGCGUCGUUUCUCCAAAUUACCCAGCUGACUACCCUGAUCGCUCCAACUGCAUCUACACCAUAAACGCUGGAGAACGCACCAUUGUCAUCCUCACCUUCAAGACCUUCCAGAUAGAAGCCCAUUCCACUUGUCUGUUUGAUGGGCUGAAGAUCUACAGAGGAUUGGCCCCUAGCGGCUCUCCUGUGGCCACGUUGUGUGGUACCAGCAUCCCCGGGCCCUUCUCCACCUUUGGCCCCAUGACACUGAACUUCUACUCUGACUCUGUCAUCACUGACAUCGGCUUUAUGGCCGAGUACCGAGCAAUACCAUGCGGUGGUUUCUUCAACAGCACAGCAGGUACAGUUAGCAGUCCAGCGCUCUCUAUAACCAACUACCACCACAACGUCAACUGUACCUACCACAUCAUGGUCCAGCCAAACAGAGUGAUCGACCUCAAGUUCAACACCUUCCACCUGGAGGCAUCCUCUUCCUGUCAUUAUGACUACGUGGCAGUGUAUGAUGGGCAGGACACUUUGGCACCAUUGCUUGGGAAGUUCUGUGGGACAGUGCUCCCACCCAACCUUCGCUCCACCACCAAUCAGCUGUUCAUUGUCUUUAAGACGGACGCCUCUGUGAAUGGGAUUGGCUGGAGGGCCACCUAUAGUGAGACACUGGGUCCGGCACAGGGCUGUGGGGGCUACAUGUCCAUGCCCAUGGGCAUGUUUGGCUCUCCAGACCCCAACCUGGAUGGGCGCUAUGAGCCCAGGAUGGACUGCCUGUGGACUAUUGAGAUGCCGGUCAACAAGGCUAUCAACCUGACCUUCACCACCUUUGAACUGGAGAACUCCUACUCAUGCCAUUAUGACUAUGUCAAGAUCUAUGAUGGUGACAACAUGAACUUCCCCCUGGUCGGGACGUUCUGUGGAAGCUUCCUCCCUGCUCCCUUCGUAUCAGCAGGGAACUUCCUGACUGUUCAGUUUGUCACUGACAGCUCGGUACAGACACGAGGGUUCAACGCCACCUACAGGGCAGUAGACUUGCUGUGCGGCGGCACUCUGAAUGCCACCACCACCGUCCAGACCGUGACCUCCCCAUUCUUCCCCAAUGCAUACCCACCUUACACCACCUGCCGCUGGAUCCUGGACGCUCCACCACAGGAGACCGUCAAGGUGUCUGUUCAGACCUUCACCCUUCAGCCCAGCCAGAGCUGCUCCACUAACUACCUGGAGAUGAGGGACUGGCCUUUGGGAGACUAUGGACAGUCACAUAAGUUCUGUGCAGCAGAUCACGUACCAGAUUUCUACAGCUACGGCAGAACCAUGCACCUGAACUUCAAAUCUGAUGCCUUCAUGCAAGGAAACGGCUUGAGUCUCACCUAUCAGAUAGCAGGCUGUAGCCGGACCUACGAGCAGGCCUACGGCUACCUGAAGAGUCCUGGCUGGCCUGACAUCUACCCCCACAACAUCGACUGUACCAUCAUCCUGAGGGCACCGCAGAACAGCUUCAUCUCCUUCUUCUUCAACAGCUUCGAUUUAGAGAGCCACAGCAGCUGUGCCUAUGACUACCUGGAGGUUCGUAACGGAAGCACUGCUGACUCUGCCUUGAUUGGUCAGUUCUGCGGCAGCACGCUGCCUAAUCCCAUCUUCCCACAAACCAACCAGCUCUACCUGCGCUUCAAGAGUGACUUCUCCAUGUCCAGAGAUGGCUUUGAGGCCACAUGGACAUCCUCGCCUAAUGGUUGCGGCGGCACUCUGUAUGGAGACCACGGCUCAGUCGCAAGUCCCAACUAUCCAGGAACCUAUCCCAACAACACCCACUGUGAAUGGGGCAUCAGGGCACCCAUGGGGCGUGUGGUAACCGUCACCUUUGCCCAGAUCAGUAUUGACGACCCUGGUGAUUGCCAGAACAACUUCCUGAAGCUGUAUGAUGGCCCAGACUCCUCGUCACCUCCUGUUGGACCCUACUGUGGAGCAGAAACCAACAUUGCUCCGUUCACAGCCUCCUCCCAUCACGUCUACAUCGUUUUCCAGGCCCGGUCUGCCACGCUGCCCUCAGGUUUCAGACUGGUUUGGAGCAGCUGAGAGAAAGUCGUGCGCACAUGGGCACACAGUUGUUUACACAUUCCUCAAUCAUGUCUGUUAAGUUUAACACCUGCUGUGCUUUUUUUCUUGCUGUAAAAAAUAAAUCAAUACUCUUAUAAAAAUGGACCAUGAAAAUAGCCUAGAUUUUU